ACGUCUAGAUCUGGUUGCCAGGCAGGUUAUGCUAAUAAGACCCCGCCCUUUGUGCUGCUCCCACUCUGCGGCGGGAAGAACCACCUGGAGGUGGCGGGGGGGGGGGGUUUGAUUUCUAUCACCCCUAGGGACAGAAGAUCGGGGACCCGCUGAUCUUCCAGCUCCCCUCACCCAACGUCGUGCUUGCCACAGAGAGACCGUCUUGUGUUUCAUGAACACAUACAUGGUGGACAGAUGACUGUCCUCCGUCUCAUGCUGCUCUAGGUGCUCCGGGCUUGGAGCCGUCCAGUUGGGAAGUGAUGGAUUCCAAGGCCGAAAGUGCACACGUGUGGUCUACCUCUGCAGAGCAUGAACAGAAUGCUGCACAGGUGCACUUUGUUCCGGACGCUGGAACCGUGGCUCAGAUCGUCUACACGGACGACCAGGGCCGGCCCCCCCAGCAGGUGGUCUACACGGCAGAUGGUGCCUCCUACACCUCAGUGGAUGGUCCCGAGCACACGCUGGUUUAUAUCCAUCCUGUGGAAGCAGCACAGACUCUGUUUACAGAUCCAGGCCAGGUAGCUUAUGUCCAACAGGAUGCUACAACUCAGCAGGCCUCCUUACCGGUGCACAGCCAGGUGUUACCUUCAAUCGAGGGCGUCGAUGGGUCCGACCCUUUAGCGACUCUGCAGAACCCGAUCAGCAGAUUGGAGGCCAAAGAGGAAGAGGAGGAGGAUGAAGACGAGGAUUCCGAGGAAGAUGAGGAAGAAGACGGUGAAGACACAGACUUGGAUGAGUGGGAACCAGACCCACCCCGGCCCUUUGACCCUCAUGACUUGUGGUGCGAGGAGUGUAACAAUGCACACUCGUCGGUGUGCCCAAAGCACGGGCCCUUGCACCCCAUCCCCAACCGGCCUGUGCUCACCCGAGCCAGAGCGAGUCUGCCCCUGGUCCUCUACAUAGACCGCUUCCUCGGCGGCGUCUUCUCCAAAAGGCGUAUUCCCAAGCGGACUCAGUUCGGCCCCGUGGAGGGCCCCCUCGUCAGGGAAUCGGAGCUGAAGGACUGCUAUAUUCACCUAAAGGUGUCUCUGGAUAAAGGGGACAGAAAGGACAGGGAUUUGCAUGAAGACCUGUGGUUUGAGCUGUCUGAUGAGACACUUUGUAACUGGAUGAUGUUUGUGCGCCCCGCCCAGAAUCACCUGGAGCAGAACCUGGUGGCCUACCAGUACGGCCACCACGUUUAUUACACCACGAUAAAGAACGUGGAGCCCAAGCAGGAGCUGAAGGUGUGGUAUGCAGCAUCUUAUGCAGAGUUUGUGAAUCAGAAGAUUCAUGACAUUUCUGAGGAAGAAAGGAAAGUUCUUCGAGAGCAGGAGAAGAACUGGCCCUGCUAUGAAUGCAACCGGCGAUUCGUAAGCUCCGAGCAAUUGCAACAGCAUCUCAAUUCGCAUGAUGAGAAACUAGAUGUGUUUAGCAGAACAAGAGGCAGAGGAAGGGGACGAGGCAAGAGGCGAUUUGGCCCCGGUCGACGGCCAGGGCGUCCCCCAAAAUUUAUCCGCUUGGAAAUAACCAGUGAAAAUGGAGACAAGUGUGACGAUGGGACACAGGACUUGCUACAUUUUCCCAGCAAGGAACAGUUUGAUGAGGCUGAACCAGCUCCACUGAAUGGGCUGGAUCAGCCGGAACAGGCUGUGCUCCCAAUCCCUCCGCUGCCCCAGGAAACCCAGGCUUCUUUGGAACAUGAACCAGAAACCCACACCUUGCAACUGCAGCCGCAGCAUGAAGAGAGCGUGGUACCCACCCAGAGCUCCCUGACAGCCGAUGACAUGCGCAGAGCGAAACGCAUCCGAAAUGCAGCUCUUCAGCAUCUGUUUAUUCGCAAGUCCUUCCGGCCCUUUAAAUGUUUGCAGUGUGGGAAGGCCUUCCGUGAAAAGGACAAACUGGAUCAACACUUGCGUUUCCAUGGGCGGGAGGGGAACUGCCCCUUGACCUGUGACCUCUGUAACAAGGGCUUCAUCAGCAGCACAUCCUUGGAGAGCCACAUGAAGCUCCAUUCUGACCAGAAGACUUACUCUUGCAUAUUUUGCCCAGAAUCCUUUGACCGCCUUGAUUUGUUGAAAGAUCAUGUGGCCAUUCAUAUCAAUGAUGGCUACUUCACCUGCCCAACUUGUAAAAAACGUUUCCCAGAUUUUAUCCAGGUGAAAAAGCACGUGCGCAGCUUCCACUCGGAAAAGAUCUACCAGUGCACGGAGUGUGACAAGGCCUUCUGCCGUCCCGAUAAACUGCGCCUGCACAUGCUGCGACACUCGGACCGCAAAGACUUCCUGUGCUCCACGUGCGGGAAGCAGUUUAAGCGAAAAGAUAAACUUCGGGAACACAUGCAACGGAUGCAUAAUCCUGAGAGGGAGGCCAAGAAAGCCGACCGCAUCAGCCGCUCGAAGACCUUCAAGCCUCGCAUCACGUCCACGGACUAUGACAGCUUCACGUUCAAGUGCCGCCUGUGCAUGAUGGGCUUCCGGAGACGCGGCAUGCUGGUAAAUCACUUAUCAAAGAGGCACCCAGACAUGAAGAUAGAAGAGGUGCCAGAGUUAACUCUACCCAUCAUAAAACCCAACCGUGAUUACUUCUGUCAGUAUUGUGAUAAGGUUUAUAAAAGUGCCAGCAAGCGCAAAGCCCACAUUCUGAAGAACCACCCAGGAGCUGAGCUCCCACCGAGCAUUCGGAAACUGCGUCCUGCCGGUCCCGGAGAGCCAGACCCCAUGCUCAGCACCCACACCCAGCUGACCGGCACCAUCGCCACCCCCCCAGUCUGCUGCCCCCACUGCUCCAAACAGUACAGCAGCAAGACCAAGAUGGUACAACACAUCCGAAAGAAGCAUCCGGAGUAUGCCCAGCUCCCCAAUGCCGUCCAUACGCCCUUGACAACAGCUGUCAUCAGUGCCACCCCUGCUGUGUUGACGACAGACAGUGCUACCGGAGAGACCAUGGUGACAACGGACCUGCUAACCCAAGCCAUGACAGAACUGUCCCAGACCUUAACGACAGAUUACCGAACCCCGCAAGGGGAGUACCAGAGAAUUCAGUAUAUCCCUGUGUCACAGUCAACAUCUGGGCUUCAGCAACCUCAGCAUAUACAGCUUCAAGUGGUGCAAGUGGCCCCGGCCACUUCACCUCACCAGUCUCAACAGUCCACUGUGGACGUCGGCCAGCUCCAUGAUGCUCAGACAUACACCCAGCACGCCAUCCAGGUGCAGCACAUCCAGGUCACUGAGCCCGCCUCCUCGGCUCCUGCUUCCUCACAGGUAGCCGGGCCACCCUUGAGUCCCUCUGCCCAGCCGUCUCAGCAGGGACUCAGCCCCUCCCAGAUCCCAGGCAGCUCCUCAGCACAAGGGCAGGCUCUUCAGCAGCAGCAACAGCAGCCGAGCCCCUCUGUCCAACACACAUACCUGCCUAAUGCUUGGAAUUCCUUCCGUGGUUACUCUUCUGAGAUUCAGAUGAUGACACUUCCCCCAGGUCAGUUUGUGAUUACAGACAGUGGUGUGGCAACUCCUGUAACCACUGGCCAGGUGAAGGCAGUGACUCCGGGUCAUUAUGUGUUAUCAGAAAGCCAACCAGAAUUGGAGGAAAAGCAGACUUCUGCCUUGUCCAGUGGAGUGCAGGUUCAGCCAUCGGCACACAGUGAUCCCUUGGACUCCCAGACAACCAGCCAGCCCCAGACGACACAGUACAUCAUCACAACCACCACCAAUGGGAACGGAAGCAGUGAAGUACACAUCACCAAACCGUAACUUUCACUCAGGGGCUGGAAUCAAACAGUCGCUUCAUGGCUUUCCCUUCAUCAAGUGGGAAAGCUUCUGACACUUAGAACUCUUUUUUUUUUU